GAGAACCUUCAUCGGGCGGCGUACGAGGCUUCACUGAUUGAACGAUUGGCUUUCACGGCACUAACGAUCAGACACGGACAUGGUAUAUCGUCUUGCAAGACUGUUGAAAGAAGAAGCUGGGCUGGACCUGGCAGACAAGCAUUUUGGGAAGGGCGGGUCUUUCAAGCGGCCUUCCCAAAUGAUGACUGGCGUUCAACUCGGUCUGUAUCGUUGUCAGUCGUUGCGUCGCUCUCUGAGCCCUGAGCCCUGUUUGUUGAUUCACGUGCUGAAAAUGUUGCUACAACCUCAAGGCUUCUUUCUCGUUCAGGCAUUGACUGCCGUGCAGCAUAGUCCCGUGAAUGGCUUACUCGCUGCUCUUGGCUUCCACCAACCCUGUUCGGACUAGAACAAGCUCCUGAGACAACGUUGGGCAGCGGGAAUCAAUGGCUGAGCGACGGUCACAGGGAAGGAAGGAAUAUCGAGACUUACGGUGGCUAUGAUUUCAGAGAGAUCCGGGUCUAAUACGGGACUGAAGUCGCUCUGACCCUCGCUCUUAAAAUUACUCUCUUUUGGUGUCGGCGCAACUUGAGCGGUUCCUACAGGAUCGCUACUCCAGCCUAUAAUGUCGCAGAACAUUUGUCCUUUUUUGUGGUGCAACUUCUCUUCCUCUAUUCUGUCGAAUAUGUUGAGGAAUCACGGAAAUGGACGCACUGUCUGUUUAAAGUGAGAAAAUUAAAAUGUUUCAACCAUUCGAGAUUCGCUAGCUCGUCGGUCGCACAGAACUGCUCACGCAUGGCUCUUUGGGGUGGCCGAAACCAUACUCAAAGAGCUGAUUUGCGGAGCUUCACAGGCUGAGGGCGGGCGUUGCAACUUCCGACUGUCUCGAGAUCGCAUUUCUGUUUUCAAGUCCCGCCCGAAGGAUUGGAUUUUAGCGAUUUGGAUGUGAUAAUAAAUCUAUCGGAAGUUCAACAGCCCGUCCUCUGUCGAUGCCAUCGUUUCCGGAAAAGAAAACGAGCUCUUGGAUCGUUAUCUGCAGGUUGCUGAAGGGAUGAAAUUAUAUUCCCCUGAAGACGUUUGCUGGUCACGGUUCGGCGGAAGGAGGCUGGAGAUCGAACUAUCAGCUAACAUGAGCGAUCUGCUGCACAGGAAGAGCGGAGAAUGUAGCUGCAGGCAACAAGAAGAAAUUGGAGAAGUUCGUCGGAAAGAACCGUAAUUUGCAAGCAGGCUAUCCUUGGGUCUCGGUCAGCCGCGUUUUAUCUCCUCCAUAGACCUCAGGCAAGUCUUCAUCAAAGGAUCAAGAGAAUCUAUACAGGGGUGCCAUAACUCUAUCUAGUCUGGUUCAUAGUAUGGCCGGCUGUCAAAUCUAGCUACGCAUAUAUCUCGAUAUAUAUUCAGCGUACCCUUCAAGUCUUACCGUUUAAACAGGCAGUAAUCGCAGCAGGAGCCUGCAAAUUCUUAUCUUCCUUGAUGAAUCCAUCACACGUAUCUACGACCAUCUUCGUAAGUUUUGCCGUUGUCGUCGGUUGCGUAUGCAUUUUCAUCGUCAUAAGAGGAAUUUUUCCUCUGCCGGACUACAGCUCUCAGUCUGAAUCCGGAGGAGCCAUUCCUCAACCAAGUGAGCAUAAUACUGGAGAUCUUGAAGAAGAAAGUGUAGGAGGGGCUGAUGAUGGUGCUCAUGGAGAAGCAGGAGCUGAUUCCGGUGGUACCCUUCGAGGAGAUGGAGGGGGAGUAGUAGGAGAUGGCUCUGGUGGUGGUGGUGCUGCUGCUGUCAAUUCAUGAAUUGAAGACAUAACGCAUUUAGAGUUUCCAACAUUGUGUAUCUUGCAUUGAGAACUGGAACCUGUACAAGAUGCUUUAUUAUAGGGAGAGGUAUACGAUGAGAGCACAAGUCCCGAUGCUGACAACUCAAAACGGACUCCACACCAGCAGUCCCACCGAUUAUAGAAGACCUCAAUGUUGUGUAUAUGAAGGGCAGCAGUCCCUUUCCCUUAAAGCUCCCACUUUCCACAAUGAUGAAGUACCUAGACUCUUGAUAGUUGAUGUACCUAGACACUUUAACUACCUCCAUGUCUCCAUUGUUCAUCAACAUUUGGGAACAAGUUGAAGCAGCUUUGCC